UUUGGACAUGGAAUCGCAGCCAUGGAGAACGUUAUCAAAAAGACAGAUGAUGAGAGGAGUCUUUCGAGGAUGAUUGAUAAGAUGACAGGUGAGAUGUGAGAUGUGGUGGCGAGGUUUAGCGUCUUCAACUCCUGACUCUGUUUUACCCAGCGCGAUCGAUCUUGCGGGAGUACGGAUUCCAGGAGGAGCAAGUAGCGACAUGGGAAGAAGACGUACGUGUGCCCAUUGGCGCCACCGCCGCUGCCUUCAUAGCAGAGGUCGCUCUGGCCGCCGGGCUGACGCUAAUGGACCCCGAUCGCCAUCCGGAACUGCGGGAUGCGAUGCUGGCGGGCAAGGGUCGCGCCAAGGAAGGCCCCGUCAACGAGAUGAAAACCAUUCCCAUUGCAGAUCUGGCGAACGGUUCAGCCCGAUCGACCUUCCCAAAAAAUGUGGCAACGGUCACAAUGAACUGGCUGGAAUUAUCGAGGCAUCUGCAACUCUGAGAGCGGUGCUCAGGAUGCGAUGGAGCUCCACCAACUGUCGAUGCGCUUUCCGACCAGCGCGGGCCGCUCGUCCGCCGCGGCGUUCACAGGCAUUGCUGCUCAGCACCGAGCGGCUUCUGAGGCCGCCUCGUUUUUUCCGUGGGGUAAGUGACAUGCGGAACGCCAGUAAGCGCAAAUGGGAACCGUACUCAGCGCUCCGCAGAUUCCGGACCAAACGACCGUGUUCGCGCAAAUGGCCCUUGCGAUCGUGCAGACAGCGGCAGGUGUCACGUCCGUCGAUCCGGCCUCGACGACCCCGGUGGACCUGUCCCCGCUCGCGACGCAAGAGUCGACGAUGCGGGCGAAUCUAAUCGCCGCGCUCUUGGCGCUGUGCGAGCGCUCCAGGUACUCGUUGGGGUUCCUGUACCUCGGCGACGUCUCCGCCACGACGCGUGGGUUGGCGACCGCGCUGGCGAACACCGUCUCGGUGACCCCGCUUCUCGCGGCCUUGGCUACGCAGGCGGCGACCGCCGGGUCCGUCGGCGUGUCGAUCCAAGGCACAAAAGUGUCCGCGACGGUGGCGGCCGUGGCGACGGCCCUCGCCGGCAACCAAACCUGCGUGAACGCGGUGGUGUCUCUCUUAGCCGCCCUCUCCGCGGACGCGUAG